AUAGAGGUAGCGUUACAAAACACCUGCAAAUUUCGAGUUUUUCAGUAAUUGGAAAUCACUCAUAAAAAAGAGGCAAACAUGGAAAACGCUACUACUGAUGACCAGGAAAACUCCAGUGUGGUGCAAGAUCCACCCAAAGAAGCCAUGAUUACGAUACAGAGACCACUGUAUACACAAGAGGCUUUUGACAAAGAAUUUAACUACACUGAACCAGAAAGAGGACAUUUUGUGGUUGAGAAGUUAAAGUCUCUGAGAAAGAAGCAUUGUUCUGAUGGCUUUUGCUCAAGAGAUCGUUGUAGAAGCUGCCUGGGAAGGCUGUUCCCUUUUAUUAUAUCAAUGGCAAACUAUCAGUUUCCAGUGUGGCUUUUCAAUGAUUUGAUUGCUGGAUUGACAGUAGCUAUUAUGCAUUUACCACAUGGUAUGGCGUAUGGUUUGCUAGCAGGUCUUCCUUCCAUAAAUGGCCUCUAUGUGUCCUUCUUCCCAUCAGUUAUUUACUUUUUCUUUGGAUCAUCAAAGCAUAUCUCUUUGGGCACAAUGGCAGUGGUAUCUCUGAUGGUGGGGCAAGUAGUCAACAGAGAGGCUAUAAACAACUACAUCCCACCAGCUUCAAAUACCGAGAAUUCCACAGGGAACUGGAGUAUUGGUAGUAUCACGGGGACCAGUGCCAUGGGGGUGUGUGAUGGAGACACCAAUACAGACCCAGAUUGUGUGCUCUUCAAAGUGGGUGUGGCCACUUCACUAGCAAUGUUCACAGGGCUGUGGCAGCUGUUUUUAGGGAUAUUUGGCCUUGGUUUCAUGGUGGUCUACUUGUCUGAUGCUCUGAUCAGUGGUUUCAUGCUUGGUGCUGCCCUCUAUGUGGUCACUUCACAGAUCAAAGAAGUCUUUGGGAUUCAUGUCACUAGUAGCAAGAUUGGAAAUCCAUUUAAACUCAUCAAGUUUAUGAUAGAGAUAUUGAAGGGUAUGCCAGAUGCUAACAUAGUGAGCAUAAUAAUGUCUAUCUUGUGUAUGAUCACUCUGAUCCUGGUGAAGGAAUGCAUCAACGCCAGGUAUAGGAAGAAACUCAAGGUUCCUGUGCCUAUAGAGCUGAUUGUGGUAAUACUAAGCACUGUCAUUACAUAUCUUACCAAGAUUGAUGAAAGAUAUGGAGUUGUAGUAGUUGGAAACAUCCCAACAGGUAUUCCCAGUCCACAGACACCUGAGUUAGGUGAACAGAAUAGUGGCCAGUUAAUAAUUGAUGCCUUCAGUAUAGCCAUAGUGGCUUUCACUAUCUCUAUAUCCUUGGCUAAGAUGCUAGCUAAGAAACAAAACUACACUGUGGAUGGAAACCAGGAGCUGAUUUCCUAUGGAAUUUGCAAUGUUUUCAACUCAUUUUUCCAAGGUUUUACCUGUUGUGCUGCAUUGUCCAGGAGUAUGAUGCAGGAAGUGACAGGGGGCAAAACUCAGGUUGCAGGUUUAAUCUCCAGUACAUUUGUACUCAUUGUGAUUCUGGUGAUGGCGCCACUAUUCAAGACAACACCCAGAUGUGUCUUGUCCAGUAUAAUCAUAGUGGCACUGAAGGGUAUGUUUCUGCAGGUACUUGAGCUGAAGCGACUGUGCAGGGUAUCAAAAUUUGAUGCUGCAAUAUGGCUGGUGACUUUUCUGUCCGUUGUUCUUCUGGGAAUGGACUUGGGACUUCUCGUGGGUGUUGUCUUCUCUUUUCUGACCAUUAUUCUAAGAACUCAAUGGCCAAAGGCUAGUGUAUAUGGACAUAUUGCAUGCACCGAUUUCUACAGAGAUCCAAAAUAUUACAGAAAGGUUGAAGAGCUUCCAUCUGGGGUGAAGAUCUUCCACUAUGAGUCCGUCCUGUACUAUGCCAAUGCCCAGCACUUCAUGGACAGUAUGUUUAGGCUGACUGGGGUAGACCCACUGGCCAUCAAAGCAGAGAGGAGCAAGAAAGAGGCCAAGAAAAAGAAGAAGUUUAAUACUGAGAAGAACAUUAAAGCACAGGUCACCGAUGAUGAUGCAGAAGAAGUGAAGAAAUCUGAUACAGAACAGGCAACUGAAGCACAGGCUUCACUUGAUAAAGCGAAAGACAUGAAUAAGUCUGAUACAGAGAAGGCUACUGAAGUGCAGGCUUCUCUGGAUAAAGCAAACAACAUGAAGAAGUCUGACGCAGAUCAGACUACUCAAGCAGAUGCUCCGCAUGAUAAAGCAGAAGACCAAACGACCGUCCCUAUUGCCUUAGAGAUGGGGGAUACCACUGGCGACACCUAUAGUGGAGAUGCAGACAGCCCUAAGUCAGAUCUCCCUGUGCACCAUAUCAUUUUGGAUUGUGAAGCAUUUACAUACAUAGAUGCUUUGGGGGCGAAAGUUAUCACACAAGUGGUGGCAGAGUAUGGAGAUGUUGGAAUUUCAAUAUUCCUAGCCAACUGUAAAUCUAGUGUUCUAGAGUUGUUGGACAAAACUGGAUUCUUUGAGAAAAACAGCAUGUCAGUGGUGUACCUUACUGUCCAUGAUGCAGUCACUGCCGCACAACAGAAAUGCAAUUAGUCUGUUUCCUUGUGCUGGGAGUUAUCCAGGAGAAUUCCCCAUAGCUGUAUAUUAUAAUUGAAUAAUCUGGUGCUUUACAGCUUGAUUCUGUUAUCACAUUUAUUUAGCCAAAAUUUAAAAGAAGGUGCUUAUGAAGGAACAACUUUUUUUUGUAAAAAUGAUAGUUUACAGUAUUAUGAGAAAAUUAAACUAGCUUUGUGAAACCUUAAGUUUAUAAUUAUGUGUAUUUUAACAAACACAUUUUUAACCUAUAGAAUAGUAUUUUAGCCUGUGAUGGUAAUUUAUGUAUUUAGCAUAUAUGUCUUAUUUUAUUUAAGAGACAUCAUAGUUUAUUAUGUGUCAUUUUAGAUACUCACUAAAAUAUUACAGUAUAUGAAGUAAUUAAUUCUAUUAACACAAAAAGAGCCUAACAUGGGAUUUUUUUUGCUUUUAUCUACCCCUUUGCUUAGGAGGUAGCCUUUUAUGUUUGAAGGUACACCAUCAAUGUUUAAAGAUGUCCCAAGUCAUAUUUUCUGCCUACAAAUCUUGCAAAAACUACUCAUUUUUCUUCUUCUGAAAUCUACAGGAAGACAUGGUGGUCUUAAUAACUGUUGAUUCAUUCAGAACUCACUCAUUGAAUUAUAGCUUUUUUUUAUUUUGAGGAAAAUAUUAAUUGUAUAUUUCAAAAAAGCAAUACCCCUCCUUAAAAUUUGAAUUUUGGUUUGAAUUGAAAAUGCCAAUUAUGUGUGUUCCUGAAGCUAUGUCCUUUAAGAAAACAAAGGAUAAUGUGGGCUUUAAAAUUUAAGGUGUUUUUGAUUUAGGAGUUUCAUAGGUUGAUUAUUGAAAAAUUGAAGUAUAAAGACAUGGCUUCAAACAGCAGAAUAUUUAAUAUUCAUUUCAUGUUUUGUCCCCAAAUCCCAUGUUUGGUUUCUUUAGGUAAAAUAAAAGCUUUGUUAACCAACAACCAUCUUCUACAUUUCAAAAGUGGUUUUGGUUAUCAAACUGCUUAUGAAACCAUAGCCAGUAUAUUGCCUUUAUGAAACAAGUGACUUAUACAAUAUUGUUUGUAUUAUUUGUAUCGUCAGUGGAAAAACGUGAUGAAAGUGACAUUCUCUUGGCAACAACACCAUUGUCGGCCACUUUUGUGGUACAGGUAUAUAGCACAAACCAACUUUAA